AUGGCGGCCGCGGCCUCGCCGGGCUCCGGCUCGUCCACCUCUUCAGACUGGAUUGUACUGAGAGACGGUUGCCUGCGUUGCGACGAGGAGGGCCUGCGAAGCCUUUCCUACCACCCGGCCCUCAACGCUAUCCUGGCCGUCACCAGCCGCGGCAGCAUUAAAGUCAUAGACGGCACUUCGGGGGCCAUUCUCCAGGCUUCAGCGUUGCACGCUAAACCUGGUGGCCGUGUCAGGUGUCAGUACUUUCCUGCAGUGGACAAGGUGCUUUUUGUGGACGACUAUGCAGUGGGAUGCAGGAAGGACCUGAAUGGCAUCCUGCUCCUGGACACAGCUCUGCAGCCUCCUGUGGCAAAGCCGGAAGACAUAGUCCAGCUGGAGCUGCCGGUCACAGAGGCCCAGCAGAUGCUGUCAGCCUGUCAGGAAAAGAUUGACGUGUCUAACACAGAGGGCUAUGAACUCUUUAUCACCCUGCUCAAAGAAGGCCUGAAGAAUACCUCACACGAGACGGCAGCCAAUCACAAAGUGGCCAAGUGGGCGACAGUGACCCUCCAGCUUCCCCACCACGUGCUGAAGCUGGUGGCCAGUGCCAUUGUCAAUGAGCUCAAGAAGAUAAACCAGAACGUAGCUGCCUUGUCUGUGGCCUCAUCCAUCAUGGACAGGCUCUCCUACCUCUUAUCAAGCGCCAGGCCUGAGCUUGGUGUGGGCCCCGGGCGCUCUGUAGAUAGGUCUUUGAUGUACAGUGAGGCCAACAGGAGGGAGACUUUUACAUCGUGGCCCCAUGCUGGGUACAGGUGGGCUCAGCCUGAUCCAAUGGCACAAGCAGGGUUUUACCACCAGCCUGCCUCAACAGGAGAUGACAGAGCCAUGUGUUUCACCUGCAGUGUGUGUCUGGUCUGUUGGGAACCUACAGAUGAGCCCUGGUCUGAACACGAGCGACAUUCUCCCAAUUGUCCCUUUGUGAAGGGCGAGCACACACAGAAUGUGCCACUGUCAGUGACACUGGCCACCAGCCCUGCCCAAUUUCCCAACAGCCCCGACAGUUCGGACAAGAUCGCCUGCUAUGGCUUCGGCAGCUGUCCACAGUUUCUGGCUGCUGCCACCAAGAGGGGCAAGAUCUGCAUCUGGGACGUCUCUAAAAUGAUGAGGGUGCACUUGAAGUUUGACAUCAAUCCAUACGACCCAGCCAUCCUGAGGCAGCUGAUUCUGUGCGGGGGGGCGGAGCAACAAAGCGAGUCUCGCAGACCAACCCUGGCCUGGCUGGAGGAGUCCUCCACCUACUCAGACCUGCCCAAGCUAGAGGGAGACAGUGAUGACCAGUUGGAGGAUUCAGACAGCGAUGAGCAUUCCCGAUCAGAGUCAUUAACCGGCCAGCAGUCCCAGUGGGAGAGCAUGGAUGUGAGCCUGGGGGUGACGUCGCUGAGUGUGCUGCAGCAGCCGGAGAAGCUCCAGUGGGAGGUGGUGGCCAGUGUGCUGGAGGACACGGUUAAGGACCUGGAGGAAUUGGGUGCCAACCCCUCACUAAACCAAGCCAAGGCCCACAGCCAGGCCAAAGCAAAGGACAAGGUGGCUGACUACCACAACAUUCCCUUCCCCUGCCUGCUGGCCGGAGGCCUGCUCAGCUACCGGCCAGCAUCCUGCACCCCCAUGGCUGGACCCCCGCCCACAGCCCCAGCUUCAACUCGCAGGACCACAGAUGGUCCGCUAAGGACUCACGGCCCUGAGCCCUUUCACCCUGGGCCUCUCCAGGACCCUAUGGAGAUAGAGACCUGUAACCCCCAGAUUGCGGCCCAGGAGCAGGGCUUCUCUAACCUCGUAGGUUCCCAACCCCCCAGCCCCUCGUCUCUGCCGGCUGUUCGCAGGACUAUACCUGUGCUGCUGCUGUACAGCAUCAGAGAGGUGGAUGACAAGUCCUCAGGGCAGGUGUUUGCUCAAAUGAACAAUCUAAUGAGCAAGGGGCUCCACGAGGAGGGCUUCACUGUGCCACAGAUUAUAGAGAUGGAGUUUGACACACACGAGCAGCUUCUUCUUCAGGAUCCUCCUAUCACUUACAUUCAGCAGUUUGCUGAUGCAGCAACUAAUCUGGCAGGGUUGGAUGGUCACAUGGACAAAUGGAGCACGCUGGCUGCAGCUACGGCCUCCGCCCCCCCUCGGCCAGGAGCACUUGUGCAGUGCUUGAGGCUUCCCAAACAGCUGGAAGAGGAGAACCUUUAUGUGGACUCGAUCACGCCCUGCUGGGACGGUGUGCACCUCCUGGUGGGCCUGCAGCCAUGUGGCACAGAGUCUCUGAGUGCUACAAACCAGGUGGAGGCUCUCAACAACCUGAACCGCCUGCACUCUGCACUCUGCAGCCAGCGCAAAGGAGACAGUCUACACUCAGUGGCCAAUGGGGUGGAAGGCCACCACUCAGGGGGCUCACCGCCUCAGACCCCCCUCAUUCUCCCCCCAGGAGACCAGCCGCAGCAGCAACAGAGGUCCCCAAGUAGUGGGAACGGCGGCUAUCUUGCACUCUACAAGCUCAACUACUCCACCCGUAUCGUCACCUUGGAUGAGGAACCGGUGAAGGUGCAGCAGAUCUGGGACCCUUGUGAUGCCAUCACCUCCCUCAUACUGCUGCCUCCUGAUGUGCUCGACAGCAGGGAGGACGACAAUGAAGAGGCUCCUGAGGAGGCUCUGGCCUCAGGGUCCAAAAAGGGCUCCUCUGGGUUUGGAAUGGCCCCUGCAGGCUCUGGUGGCUCUGCUGGUACUGGGACUGCAUGUGGUGCAGCAACAACCAGCAGCACUGUCACCGGCCCCUCCACCUCUGGCAUGAGCCACAAAGAGUGCAAGCGGGUGGAGGUGGCGGGCCUGGGCCACCUGGUGGUGACCACACGGGCUGGAUAUAUAAUGAUACUGGACCUGUCUACGUUGGAGGUCCUGGCCAAGGUUGAGCCGCCUAAGAAGGAGGGGUCUGCAGAGGAGACGGACCCCUUUGUCUCAGUGACCUAUUGCUCGGGGACUGACCGCCUUUGUGCCUGCACCAAAGGUGGAGAACUUCAUUUCCUUCAAAUUGGAGGUGUGUGUGACGAUCUAGAUGAUGGAGACAUGUUUAUUGAUGGCCCCCUUUCUAAAGGGGCUGAACUGCUGCUUGAGGGGGCCAAGCCCUCCUCCAACCCCUCUAGCCCUGGAAUAACAGGAGUGGACCUCCUUGUUGACCAGCCGCUGUCCACGGAGAGCCUGAUGUCACUGGUGGAGCUGACACGCUUCGAGACGUUGAUCCCCCGCUUCUCAGCCACUGUGCCGCCAUGUUGGUCGGAGGUGCAGCAAGAGCAGCAGCAGCGGCGCCACCCCCAGCACCUCCACCAGCAGCACCACGGAGAUGCAGCCCAACACACACGCACCUGGAAGCUUCAGAGCGACAGCUCCAGCUGGGACGAGCAUGUGUUUGAGCUGGUGCUGCCCAAGGCCUGCAUGGUGGGUCACGUGGACUUCAAGUUUCUCCUGAAUGCCAACAUCAUCAACAUUCCUCAGAUCCAGGUCACCUUACUGAAGAACAAAGCACCCGGGCUGGGCAAAGUCAGCGAGACGGCGGUGGACAGACAGAUCUCCUUCCCCCUCUCCAGCGUCCUCCACGCUAACGGCGAGAGGAACGGACAGCCUCUGCUGCAUGACUUCACAGAGGACAUCCAGUUCAUGGACAUUGAGGAGACAUCAGGUUCCAUGCUGUGUCCAUUCCUGGAGGACCACAAGGAGGACAUCCUGUGUGGUCCAGUGUGGCUGGCCAGUGGGCUGGACCUCUCUGGCCAUGCAGGCAUGCUCAGUCUCACCAGCCCCAAGCUGGUCAAAGGCAUGGCGGGAGGCAAGUACCGCUCCUUCCUGGUUCACAUUAAAGCGGUGAGUGACCGGGGCAUGGAGGAGAGCCCCCGACCCGUGGUGAGGAUGCCCUGUGCCAAGCCCCAGGGCACCAAAGCGCACUCACUGUCCACCCUGCUGCAGCGGGCUCAGGCCUCCAAGGAGAAGGUGUCUGCAGUGAAAAGCGAGAGCUCAGCGCCCUCGAAGAAAGUGGAAAACAUGCGAGGCUGUGACCUGCUGCAGGAGGUCUCAGUCACAAUCAGAAAGUUUAAAAAGACGUCAAUGCCCAAAGAAAGGGUCCAACGCUGUGCUAUGCUGCAGUUCCCAGACUUCCACGAGAAGCUGCUGGACGCGCUGUGUAGACGCACAGAAGUCAGCCCAGCCAAUGAGCACGCUCAGAGCCUCAUCCUCGACAUCCUGUGCUGGCUGGCUGGGGUGUUCUCUAACGGACCUUGCAGUUUAAGGGAAGGAAAAGAGGGCCUGCUGGCAAAAUCCCGGACGCGGCUAACAGAUAUUGUACGGAUGUGUUUCUUCGAAGCUGGCCGGAGCAUAGCGCACAAAUGUGCCCGCUUUCUUGCGCUUUGUAUAAGCAAUGGGAAAGGUGACCAAAGUCAGCAGGGUUUUGGAGUCAGUCUUCUGAAUGCAAUGCUAGACAAUAUGCCUUAUCUGCCUGCAUCAGCUACUGGUGGAUCCGUGUUCUGGUACUUCGUGCUGCUGAACUACGUGAAGGAGGAGGACCUGGCAGGCUGCAGCACCGCCUGCGCCUCUCUGCUCACCACCAUCUCUCGACAGCUGCAGGACCGCCUCACCCCCCUGGAGGCUCUGCUGCAGACCAGGUACGGCCUGUACAGCUCUCCCUUCGACCCGGUGCUGUUUGACCUGGAGGUCAGCGGCUCCUCCUGUAGGAACGCCUUCAACAGCAGCAUCGGAGUCCAGUCAGAUGAGAUCGACCUCUCUGACAUCCUGUCAGGGAAUGGAAAGGUGAGCAGCUGUUCAGCAGCAGAAGGCAGCUUCACAGCACUAACAGGACUCCUGGAGGUGGAGCCUUUGCACUUUAGUUGUAUCUCUACUAGUGACGGCACACGGGUGGAGCGAGACGACGCCAGCCUGUUCACCGUGAGUACGUUUGGCGUGACGCCUGCGGUGGGAGGCCUGUCGUCAGGAACGGUUGGAGAAGCUUCUACAGCGCUGAGCUCUGCAGCACAGGUGGCGCUACAGUCACUGUCCCACGCCAUGGUGUCAGCGGAGCAGCAGCUGCAGGUGCUGCAGGAGAAACAGCAGCAGCUGCUCAAGCUGCAGCAGCAGAAGGCCAAGCUGGAGGCCAAGCUGCAUCAGACCACCUCUGCAGCCGCCUCUGCCUCCGGCGUGGGGUUCAUCCACAUCCCUAACCCUUCUAACCCUCCUCUGCCCCCGGGCUUCUUCAUCAACCCCUGCCCGCCCACACCAAAAACGACGCCCCUCUUCAUGACCCCUCCUCUCACGCCGCCCAACGAGGCGGUGUCAGCGGCCUUCAGCGCUGAACUGGCUCACCUGUUCCCCGGUUCCAUGAUGGACCCCGGGCCCGUCAACCUGGCCGCGCACAAGAACACACAGAAAGCCAAGCCGAGCCCCAUGGGAAGUGGUCUAGCUCUGGCCAUCUCCCAGGCGUCUCACUUCCUGCAGCCUCCUCCACACCAGUCCAUCAUCAUAGAGAGGAUGCACUCUGGAGCUCGUCGCUUUGUGACGCUGGACUUUGGUCGUCCGGUGCUGUUGACUGACGCUCUGAUCCCGACCUGCGCCGACCUGGCCUCUCUGUCCAUCGACAUCUGGACGCUGGGGGAGGAGGUGGACGGGCGCAGACUGGUGGUGGCCACCGACAUCAGCACCCACUCGCUCAUUCUGCACGACCUGCUGCCCCCACCUGUCUGCAGGUUCAUGAAGAUCACUGUGAUCGGGCGCUACGGCAGCACCAAUGCUCGGGCUAAGAUCCCGCUGGGCUUUUACUAUGGACACACGUACAUCCUGCCCUGGGAGAGUGAGCUGAAGUUGAUGCACGAUCCUCUGCGGGGAGAGAGCGAGGCCGUCUGUCAGCCAGAUGUUGAUCAGCAUCUGGCCAUGAUGGUGGCGCUGCAGGAGGACAUCCAGUGCAGAUACAACCUAGCUUGCCAUCGGCUGGAGACGCUUCUGCAGAACAUCGACCUGCCGCCUCUCAACAGUGCUAACAAUGCUCAGUACUUCUUACGGAAGCCAGACAAGGUGGUGGAGGAGGACCAGCGUGUGUUCUCCGCCUACCAGGACUGCAUCCAGCUGCAGCUGCAGCUCAACCUGGCUCACCACGCAGUGCAGCGGCUGCGCGUCUCCCUGGGGGCCAGCCGCAGGUCGCUCCCCACAGCCGGGGCCCCAGAGGUCCAGGAGCUGGUCCACAACUCCUCCACAGAGCAGCUGAGGACCAUCAUCCGCUACCUGCUGGACACACUGCUCAGCCUGCUGCACUCCAACAACGGCCACUCUGUGCCCUCAGUGCUGCAGAGUACCUUCCAUGCCCAGGCCUGUGAGGAGCUCUUCAAACACCUCUGCAUCAGUGGGACGCCUAAGAUCCGUCUCCACGCUGGCCUGCUGCUGGUUCAGCUGUGUGGAGGAGAGCGCUGGUGGGGCCAGUUCCUCUCCAACGUCCUGCAGGAGCUCUACAACUCUGAGCAGCUGCUCAUCUUCCCUCAGGACAGGGUGUUCAUGCUGCUGUCCUGCAUUGGCCAAAGAUCCCUGAGUAACAGUGGAGUGUUGGAGGGGCUCCUGAACCUGCUGGACAGCCUGCUGUCUCCCCUGCAGCAGCCACAGGCCUCCGCCCAGCGCAGGACCGAGGGUGUUUUGGAUAUCCCCAUGAUCAGCUGGGUAGUGAUGUUGGUCUCCAGACUGCUGGACUAUGUAGCCAGUAUAGAAGAUGAGGCUGCAGGGGGUAAGAAGCACCUUGGAGGGAAAGAACGAGAGAGAUCUUUUACAGGUAUUCAGUGGAGCUUCAUCAACAACAGCCUUCAGUCUCAGAACUCCGGCAGGGCAGCUAAAGGCAACAGCAGCCUGGACCGACUUUACUCACGCAAGAUCCGCAAACAGCUCGUCCACCACAAGCAGCAGUUAAAUCUAUUGAAAGCAAAACAGAAGGCUUUGGUGGAGCAGAUUGAGAAGGAGAAGAUCCAGAGCAACAAAGGCUCCUCCUACAAACUGCUGGUGGAACAGGCCAAGCUCAAACAGGCCACAUCCAAGCACUUUAAAGACCUGAUCCGUCUGCGGCGGACGGCCGAGUGGCCCCGCUCCACGUUGGACACGGAGUCCAGCACAGCCAAAGAAGCCCCAGAAGUAGAGCCCCUGCCCUUCACCCUGUCCCAUGAGCGCUGCAUCUCUGUGGUGCAGAAGCUGGCCCUCUUCCUCCUCUCCAUGGACUUCACCUGCCACGCCGACCUGCUGCUGUUUGUCUGCAAGGUCCUUGCUCGAAUAGCCAAUGCCACAAGACCCACGAUCCACCUGUGUGAGGUGGUGUCUGAGCAGCAGCUGGAGCGCCUGCUGCUCCUGCUUGUGGGAACAGACUUCAACCGGGGGGACAUCUCCUGGGGGGGCGCCUGGGCGCAGUAUUCCCUCACAUGCAUGCUACAGGACAUCCUAGCAGGUGAGUUGCUGUCUCCGGGCUCUCUGGAUGGCAUGGAUGAUGGUGCAUGCGGCGAAGAGGCCGGGGCUUCUUCCUCCUCAGCGGGGGUGGAUUCGGACGACUGCCUCCCCCAGCCGGCCCCCAUCCCCCUGGUAGAGAGCAUUGAUGAGGCCCUGGUGCCUGAUAUCAUUGCAGGUGCUCCACCUCUGUCCUCUUUGGAAAAAGAUAAAGACAUAGACUUUGACUUGCUACAAGACCUGAUGGAUGUUGAUAUUGAUCCUUUAGAUAUUGAUUUGGAAAAAGAUCCACUCGCGGCCAAGGUGUUUAAGCCUAUAAGCAGCACCUGGUAUGACUACUGGGGCGCUGACUAUGGCACGUACGGGUACAACCCGUACAUCGGUGGGGUUGGUAUCCCAGUGUCCAAGCCUCCAGUCGCUGUUGAGAAGCCGGGGUCACAGAGUCUGUCAGUGUCCGUGUCGCAGGCACUGGAUGCCCGGCUAGAGGUGGGCCUAGAGCAGCAGGCUGAACUGAUGCUCAAAAUGAUGGCAACCCUACAGGCCGACUCUAUUCUACAGGCCCUCUCCUCCAGCUCCUCCACAGUGAGCCAGGCCUCCAAUGGGACUGAUGACUCCCUGCUGAGGGCCCUGCAUGGGGGGGGCUCUCCUCCAGCCAGCAGCCUGAUGAUCCAGCCCUCGUCCAUCCCCAUGUUGAGCGGCUGCUUCAACAAGCUCUUCUCCAUGCUGCAGGUCCACCAUGUACAGCUGGAGUCCCUGCUGCAGCUGUGGUUAACACUCAGUCUCAACACAUGUUCCACUGGCACUGAAGAGAGCGGAUCAGACAUCUUCAUGUUCAACGCCAGCCGAGUGCCCACCAUCCCACUCAACCAGGCAUCCAUUAGCAGUUUCCUGACAGUGCUGGCGUGGUACCCCAACACCUCCCUGAGAACGUGGUGUCUGGUGCUGCACUCUCUCACCCUGAUGACUAACAUGCCAGCCUGCGGCUCCAGCAGUGGGAUGAGCUCUCAGGAAAGCACCGCCCAGCAGAUGGUGUCUGACCCCACCCUGGUUCAUGUCCUUGUGCGCUUCCUGUCUGGCAGCAGCACCAACGGGACGAGCCAGCACAGCUCUCAGGUGGGACCCACCGCCACCCAGGCCAUGCAUGAGUUCCUGAGCCGCCUGCAGGUCCACCUGUCCUCCACCAGCCCGCAGAUGUUCAGCGAGUUCCUGCUCAAACUCAUGCACAUCCUGUCUACAGAGAGGGGUCCGUUCCAGUCCGGCCAGGGUCCACUGGACGCCCAGGUGAAGCUGCUGGAGUUUACUCUCGAACAAAACUUUGAGGUGGUGUCAGUGGCUACAAUCUCCUCCGUCAUUGAGUCCAUCACAUUCCUGGUACACCACUACAUCACCUGCGCAGACAAACUGGUGUCCCGCAGCGGCUCCGACAGCUCUGUGGGGGCUCGGGCUUGUUUUGGUGGUUUGUUUGCCAACAUCAUCCGGCCAGGAGACGCCAAGGCUGUGUGCGGAGAGACGACACGAGACCAGCUGAUGUUCGACCUCCUCAAGCUGGUCAACGUGCUGGUGCAGCUGCCUCUGUCCGGGGACAGAGAGUUCAGCGGACGACUGCCGCCGGCCGGCAGCGAGGCGGCUGACAGCAGCGUGUCGGACGAGGAGAAGGUCUGUGGCAGCAAAGAGAGCGUGGCUGGUGGCUCAGCGUUCAGCCAGGGGCCCCCUGCAGGGGUGGCCGACCUGGUGCUAGCCAAUCAGCAGAUCAUGAGCCAGAUCCUGUCCGCACUGGGCCAGUGCAACAGCAGCGCCAUGGCCAUGAUCAUAGGAGCCAGCGGCCUCCACCUGACCAAACAUGAGAACUUUCACGGUGGCCUCGACGCUAUCUCUGUGGGUGACGGCCUCUUCACCAUCCUCACCACCCUCAGCAAGAGGGCCACCUCAGUGCAGGUCAUGUUGCAGCCCAUCCUCACUUACAUGGCCUGUGGAUACAUGGGCAGACAGGGGUCUCUCUCCACCUGUCAGCUGUCGGAACCUCUCUUGUGGUUCAUCCUCCGAGUGUUGGAUACCAGCGAGGCUCUCAAGGCCUUCCAUGACAUGGGUGGUGUGCAGUUGAUCUGUAACAACAUGGUGACCAGCACCCGGGCCAUUGUGAACACAGCACGCAGCAUGGUGUCCACCAUCAUGAAGUUCUUAGACUCAGGUCCUGGGAAGUCAGCGGACGGCAACCUCAAAGCCAGAGUGAUGACAUCAGAGCCGGACAACGCUGAGGGACUCCACAACUUUGCUCCCUUGGGCACCAUCACAUCCAGCAGCCCCACAGCGCAGCCAGCAGAGGUCCUCCUCCAAGCCACGCCCCCCCACCGGCGAGCCCGCUCGGCAGCCUGGUCCUACAUCUUCCUGCCGGAGGAGGCUUGGUGUGACCUCACCAUCCACCUUCCUGCUGCUGUGCUGCUGAAAGAGCUCCACAUCCAGCCACACCUUGCCUCUCUGGCCACCUGCCCGUCAUCCGUCUCCGUGGAGAUCAGUGCUGAUGGGGUCAACAUGUUGCCGCUCUCCACGCCAGUGAUCACCAGCGGCCUGACCUACAUAAAGAUCCAGCUGGUGAAGGCGGAGGUUGCGUCGGCGGUUUGCCUGAGGCUGCACCGGCCUCGUGAUGCCAGCACGCUGGGUCUGUCUCAGAUCAAACUGCUGGGCCUGACGGCGUUCGGCAACACCUCCUCUGCAACCGUCAACAACCCCUUCCUUCCUUCUGAGGACCAGGUGUCUAAAACCAGCAUCGGGUGGCUGCGUCUUCUCCACCACUGCCUGACCCACGUCAGUGACCUGGAGGCCAUGAUGGCCAGUGCUGCAGCCCCCACCGCCAACCUGCUGCAGACCUGCGCCGCGCUGCUCAUGUCGCCUUACUGCGGCAUGCACUCUCCCAACAUCGAGGCUGUGCUGGUCAAGAUCGGCCUGCAGUCCACACGCAUUGGACUGAAGCUCAUCGACAUCAUGCUGAGGAACUGUGCCGCCUCCGGCACCGACCAUGCCAAUUUAAACAGUCCCCUGCUGUUUGGGCGACUGAAUGGCCUCUCGUCAGAUUCCACCAUUGACAUUCUCUACCAGCUGGGCACCACACAGGACUCUGGAACCAAAGACAGGAUCCAGGCUCUUCUGCAGUGGGUCCAUGACUCUUCUCGGGUGGCGGCCCACAAGAUGAGUAGCCCAAUGGGAUACACUGGCGCCGCUGCGGUCCCUUCCUCUUCUUCAUCCAGAGAGUAUGGUCUCCUCAUGCCGUCGCCCUCCCACCUGCACUGUGUGGCAGCCAUCCUGUGGCACAGCUACGAGCUGCCCGUUGACUACGACCUGCCUGCACUGCUCAACAGAGAGCUCUUUGAGCUGCUGUUUAACUGGUCCAUGUCGUUGCCGUGCAACAUCGUGCUUAAGAAGGCAGUGGACAGCCUGCUGUGCUCCAUGUGUCACAUCCACCCCAGCUACUUCUCCCUGCUCAUGUCCUGGAUGGGGAUCGUCCCGGUGCCCAGCGCCAGUCACUCUCAGGCCCAGCGCCACCGCCUCUCCAUGACCGACGACGGCAAGAAGCAGCACGACGCCAACACCAGCUCUGCAAGCCUUACCGACGACUCCAAGCAUGCAAGACCCCCGGUCAAUCUGUCGGAGUCCCAGCUCACCACGCUGGCCGCUGCCUCCCAGUCUCCGGGAGCCAUAGAGCAGCUACUGGACUCGGGCUUACCGUCGCUGCUGGUCCGCAGCCUGGCCCAGUUCUGUGUGGGUCUCCUGGCCAGCGCCGACCUGCCUCUACCCGCUGCUCAGGCCGAAAGACGACACCACCAUCACCACUACCACUCAUCCUCCUCAUCCUCCUCAUCCUCCUCAUCCUCACACAGUCGACCCCCUCUGGCUGCAGAACUGGUCGCUCCAGUGCUACGUUUCCUGACUGAAGUGGGCAACAGUCACGCCAUGAAAGACUGGUUAGGAGGACCUGAGGUGAACCCGCUGUGGACGGCUCUUCUCUUCCUGCUGUGCCACUCCAGUGCCAGUGCCGGUGCCCACGCAGGCUGUCAGCCUCUGGGCUCUGCAGCUGCGGCCGGCGCCUCUGCAUCCCAGCCCCAGGCCUCAGGCUCACGGUACUCCCUGGCGUCUUCUAUGCAGGCAGGAGGGCUGACCACACAGCAGAGGACCGCUCUGGAGAACACCACCGUGGCCUUCUUUCUGCAGUGCAUCUCCUGCCACCCCAACAACCAGCGGCUCAUGGCUCAGGUUCUCUGUGAGCUCUUCCAGUCUGCACCCCAGCGAGGCAACGUGCCGAUCUCUGGAAACAUCUCAGGCUUCAUUCGAAGGCUUUUCCUGCAGCUCAUGCUGGAGGACGAGAAGGUCACAGUCUUCCUACAGUCACCUUGUCCGUUAUACAAAGGACGCAUCAAUGCCACCAGCCACAUGAUCCAGCAUCCCAUGUACGGGGCAGGACACAAGUACCGCACCCUCCAUCUGCCCAUCUCCACCACGCUGGCUGAGGUCCUGGACCGGGUGUCUGACACACCAAGCAUUACAGCCAAGCUGAUCAAUGAGCAGAAGGAGGACAAGGAGAAGAAGAACCAUGAGGAGAAGGAGAAGAUGAAAGCAGACAGCGGCUUCCAGGACAACUACAGUGUGGUCGUGGCCUCAGGCUUGAAGUCCCAGUCCAAGCGAGCUCUUUCAACCCCCCCCAGACCUCCAUCCAGGAGGGGUCGCGUGAUGAGUGACAAGUUGACUGCUUCGUCUGGAGUGGACCCCUCAGCCAAAACCAUCAGUGUGCCCGUCUUCCACCUCUACCACAAGCUGCUUCCAGGUCAGCCCCUCCCAUCUGAGAUGACUCUGGCCCAGCUCCUGACUCUCCUGUACGACCGCAAACUUCCACAGGGCUACCAGUCCAUCAACCUGACCGUCAAACUGGGCUCCAAGGUCAUCUCCGACCCGGGCCUCUCAAAAACAGACUCCUUCAAGAGGCUGCGCACGGAGAAAGUGGACCACUGUGACAUGCUGAACAGCUGUCCUGAGGAUGAGCCCAUGACGCCAGGGGACGAAGCUCUGGACGCCGCAACGGACGAGUCUCUGCUGGAGACCAACCCCAUCCAGUCCCCGCUGCAGGUCUUUGCAGGCAUGGGGGGGCUGGCCCUCAUCGCAGAGAGGCUGCCCAUGCUCUACCCUGAUGUCAUUCAGCAGGUGAGUGCCCCCGUGGUGCCCUCCGCUAUGCAGGAGAAGCCCAAGGACAGCGACCAAUUUGAGUGGGUGACCAUCGAGCAGUCGGGCGAGCUGGUGUACGAGGCCCCCGAGUCCAUCGCCGCCGAGCCCCCGCCAAUCAACAAGCAGCAGACUCAGUCAUCUUCCUCAUCCUCAGCCUCAGUGCAGACCAUGUCUCCCAUCCCGGCCCACUCUCUGGCAGCGUUCGGCCUCUUCCUGCGCCUGCCAGGGUACGCAGAGGUGCUGCUGAAGGAGAGGAAGCAUGCCCAGUGCCUGCUGCGCCUGGUGCUGGGGGUCACAGACGACGGAGAGGGAAGUCACAUCCUCCAGUCUCCGUCCGCCAACGUGCUGCCCACGCUGCCGUUCCACGUGCUGCGGGCGCUGUUCAGCACCACCCCUCUGACCACUGAUGACGGAGUCCUGCUGCGCCGCAUGGCUCUGGAGAUCGGAGCAAUCCACCUCAUCCUGGCCUGUCUGUCAGCCCUCAGCCACCACGCCCCCCGCAACCCCAACGCCAACAGCAGCGUGUCCGAGCCACAGAUGUCCAGUUGUCACGGUGGUAGCACCAGUGAGGAGCAGCAGCUGUACUGGGCUAAAGGGACUGGUUUUGGAACUGGAUCCACAGCCUCAGGCUGGGACGUGGAGCAGGCCCUCACCAAACAGCGGCUAGAAGAGGAACACGUCACCUGUCUGCUGCAGGUGUUAGCAAGCUACAUCAACCCAGCCGGCUCCAGCAGCUGCCAAAGUGCGGAGGCGUGCUCCGCAGAGAGCCGAGCCUCCAACAGCUCUGCGCUGCCCGCCGUGCUGCAGGAGCUGCUCUGCCAGUCCUGCCUCAUCCCCGCCAUGUCCUCCUACCUGCGCAACGACUCAGUCCUGGAUAUGGCUCGUCAUGUGCCUCUCUAUCGGGCGCUGCUGGAGCUGCUGAGGGCCACCUCCACCUGCACCACCCUGGUCCCUCUGCUGCUGCCUCUCUCAGGAGACCCCGGGCAGGACGAGGAGGACGAGGAUGAAGAGCACUCAGAGGGACAGACCUCUGUAGGGAUGCUGCUGGCCAAGAUGAAGACAUGCGUGGACACAUACACCAAUCGUCUCAGGUCAAAGAAAGAUAAGGGUAAAGGUGUGGUGAAGACGGACACCUCAGACCCAGAGCCCGAGGGUCUCACUCUGCUGGUGCCUGACAUCCAGAGGACUGCUGAGAUUGUGUACACUGCCACCACCAGCCUGCGGCAGGCCAACCAAGAGAGGAAGCUGGUGGAGUGUUCGAGGAAGGUGUCCAGUCGACCCAAGCCUCUGUACGUUCUGCGCUCUGUAGAGGAGAAAUACGUGGCUGCCAUGAAGAAGCUGCAGUUUGACACCUUUGAGAUGGUCUCGGAGGACGACGAUGGGAAGGUGAUGUUCAAGGUGAACUACCACUACAUGUCUCAGGUGAAGAACGCUAGCGACACCAACAGCGCCGCCCGAUCCCGCCGCCUGGCCCAGGAGGCCGUCACCCUGUCCACCUCCCUGCCCCUCUCCUCCUCCUCCAGCGUCUUUGUCCGCUGUGAUGAAGAAAGGCUGGACAUCAUGAAGGUUCUCAUCACAGGCCCAGCCGACACACCGUACGCCAACGGCUGCUUUGAGUUUGAUGUGUAUUUCCCCCAAGACUACCCCAACUCCCCCCCUCUGGUCAACCUGGAGACCACCGGGGGACACAGUGUGCGCUUUAACCCUAACCUCUACAAUGAUGGCAAAGUAUGUUUAAGUAUCCUCAACACAUGGCAUGGGAGACCAGAGGAGAAGUGGAACCCUCAGACCUCAAGCUUCUUACAGGUUCUGGUGUCGGUGCAGUCCCUCAUCCUGGUGGCUGAGCCCUACUUCAACGAGCCGGGGUAUGAGCGCUCCCGCGGGACCCCCAGUGGCACCCAGAGCUCCCGGGAGUAUGACGGCAACAUCCGGCAGGCCUCGGUCAAAUGGGCCAUGUUGGAGCAGAUGCGCAACCCCUCACCAUGUUUCAAAGAGGUGAUCCACAAACACUUCUACCUGAAGCGGGUGGAGAUCAUGUCUCAGUGUGAGGAGUGGAUCGCUGACAUCCAGCAGUACAGCAGCGACAAGAGGGUGGGCCGCACCAUGUCCCACCAUGCUGCUGCACUCAAGAGGCACACGGCUCAGCUCAGAGAGGAGCUCCUGAAGCUGCCCUGCCCCGACGGCCUGGAGCCCGAGGGAGACAACUUCCCUGAACGCAGCACGGGCCUCAAAGAGCUGCCAGGCCCCCCCGACGCAGAGAAGCCGGGGGGCAGCCAGGACAGCGAGGGCCUGCUAUGAGUCCACACCCCCCCCCAUCCAUUCCCAGCAUCACGUCCCCCCCUCCUCCCUCCUCAUGAUGAUUAUUACUCUCCAAAAGACUUGAUGGCUUCAGAGCACAAGCCACCACUUUGUCAAUAUUUGUAUGUAAAGAUCUAAUAGCAGAUAGCGGGGGGGAUGUGGGAACCGUGAGACGAACUAUGAAGUAUGCUACGCCCUUAUGAAAACAGUCGAAAAACUUUUAUUUACCUGUAAAAGAGUGUAAACAUUUUGUGCUUUUUCCAAUUGUGAAAUAACCACUGAUUGGUAUGUUAUUAAACUUGUUUAUGUAUACAUAAUGGCAGAGAAGACAUGACAGAUUAUAUAAGGGAAUGACCUUUUAGAGAAGAAUGUUUACUGAAUGUUAAUUUCCUUUUUUCUUUUUGACUGUUAGAGCAAGAUCAGUUGUAACUAAGGGUUUGGGUCAUUCUUUAAGCAAACUAUUUAAACAUGAGAGAAAAGAAUGUGAUAAAACGCCCCGCCGGUCAUCAUUGCUUCUUCUGAUUUCUCCAGGAUCAUACCGCUUUAAUAUCGGCUGAUGGACACAUUUUAAUGCUAUGUUAUCCCUUUUACAGGCUCCAAAUUAAAAAGCACCAUUCUCUGGAUAAACGUUUUGUUGCCUCUCAGAAAUCUCCAUGAGCGUUUUGCAUCAACAUGACUGUAGAUCGUAAGACUGUCAGAGCAUCAUGGGAAAUGUCUUCUGAAGGCUUGUGCAUGUGUAUGUGUGUUUUCUGUGCGUGUGCAACAAUCCCCAGUGAGAUACAAAGCUGUGAUGUGCCUUUGAUCUACACCAUACCACCAAAUACUCCAACAGAGUACCUUUACUGAUUUCUUUGCUAUUUCUACAAAAUUAACGAUUCUGCUCCGUCUGACAAACUGCUUUGAUCUUUUUUUAUUAUGUCAAACUUCAGUGAAAAAAAAUGCACUUUCUAUUUUACUCACUCCUUAGAACAGUCACAUUCUCCUUUUGCUAGGACAUUAAAUGGAGCUUGAAAGUA